CGUUGAUGUUGAUGCCCAGCUGAUUUUCUUUGUGUUUGUUUCAACCUUUACUCACUUUCACUCCCCAAACCACACAAACUCUGCAAAAUCCAUCAUAAUGUCCGAGAAGACCGCCGUCCUUACCGAAAAGGCCCCCAAGCCCCUCCCCGGCAUCUACAGCCAGGCCAUCAAGGCCAACGGCUUCGUUUUUGUUUCGGGUGCCGUGCCCAUGGACCCCGUGAGCAUGAAGAUUAUCGACGGUGAUAUUCAGGCACACACGCACCAAUGCAUCAAGAACCUGACCGCUAUUUUGGAAGAGGCCGGAUCUAGCAUUGAAAAGGUCGUCAAGGUCAACGUCUUCCUUUCCAACAUGGACGACUUUGCGGCCAUGAACGAGAUUUACAUGCAAUACUGGGGCGAGGUCAAGCCAUGCCGGACAUGCGUGGCUGUCAAGACGCUGCCGCUGAACGUUGACGUCGAGAUUGAGUGCACUGCUCUGUGUUAGAUUAUGGGCAGAAACUAGGGUAGCCAGUAAGGAAUACUAUAGGGAGAUUCCAAAAUAAAUGAAAAAAAAAA